AUGGGACGAACAUUGACUUACCCCAAGGGCGUGUCCAACACAGCCAACAGAUAUAAACAUCGAGCCACAUAUGACUUGGGCGCAAUUCACAAAAUCAUCAACGAUUCCCAAGUCCUCCAUGUAUCAUUCAACCCAGGCCCCGAGGACCCGUUCCCCGCCAUCAUCCCAAUGAUCGGGCAAAUGGGCUCAUUUGAGUACCCUUCAGCGAGCAUCGACGAGCCCCUUGAAUGCUAUCUCCAUGGAUAUGUCAGCUCGCGCAUCAUGAAUCUGGCACGCAACAGCGGAGGCGAGGGCCUGCCCAUCUGCGUGGCGACCAGCAAAGUAGACGGGCUGAUUUUGUCACUCACGCCCAACUCUCACAGCUACAAUUACCGCUCUGCUAUCUUACACGGCUAUGCCAGCCUUGUCACCGAUGAAGAGGAGAAACUCUGGGCAAUGAAGAUUAUUACAAACUCAGUUCUUGAGGAUCGAUGGGAUCACUCGCGUGUGCCGCCUGACCGUGCGGAAAUGUCGUCUACUGUUAUUCUCAAGGUAAAGAUUGCUGAUGGCAGUGGCAAGAUCCGUGACGGUGGUGUUUCUGAUGAGCGUAAGGAUUAUGAUAACGAGCAGGUCACCAAUAGUGUUUGGACUGGUGUUGUUCCUGUCUGGGAGACCUUUGGGACUCCUGUUCCAAGUGGCGAUGGCAAGGUCUCAGAUGUGCCGGAGUAUAUUACUUCUUAUAUUGCAAACAAGAAUGCUCAGAAUCAGGCCUUGGCGGAGGGUGCAGUGAAGAUUUGUCUGCCAGCUGAGGAGCAACACUGA